GAGGAGGGGGUGGGGAGUUUGAAGGAGCUCUUUUACGAAGCAUUCGAAACAUGUGUCCUGGAGUAACUUUCCCGGCAACAUAUAGUGGAGAGCUAUAUCACCAUGGUAAGUGCUCUUGAUGUCCUGAACUUUUGUGUCACUUCUUAAUUUGUGUCUGAGUAUCAGUUAUAUUUAUCCUGAAGCACUACUAGUGUAUUACCAGUACUUCAUGAUUAAUAAUUUGAAGCAUUGUUAUUUCUGUUCUGAAGUAUUGUCCUUAUGAUUUUGUAUUCUAAGGCAUUAAUUGUAAGUCAUGAUUUUUAUUUCUGUGGGAUUUUUUUUAAGGAUUCUGAAGCAUUACUCCACGAUUUCUGUCCUGACAUUGGUUCAUGAUUCAUAUUCUUCAGGGGUAACACAUGAUUAUAUUCUGGAGUAUAGUUUAUGGAUUGAGUACAAAUAUCCUGACAUAAUUCAGGUAAUAAUUGGAGAUCAAAAUACUUCAUGGUUCAUGCCAGAAGUAUGGAUUAAUACUGUAGAGUAUUAGAUCAUUUGUAUAUAGAAAUAUGAUCAUAAUUUAUAUCUGUUUCUUUAAUUUACAUGUAUGCACAUAUUUAUAUAUCUUUAUGGUUCAUAUUCUUGAGUCUUUUUUAGUGUGAUAUCAUUUUUUGUAGAAAUUAUAUCAUGAUGUUAUUUUAUGGACUAUUUUACAUCUUGGUCGAGUGGAGUACAUGUAUUAUUUCAGUAUUUAUUUUCUGGAGUUUUGUUCAGAGAAAAUAUCUUUUGCAUCUUAUACUCAUAACGCCUACAUUAAAAGAUUUCUCCAGUGUGUUUUCUUUGAUGUCUGUAAAUAAAUUAUUUACCGUUGUAGCAGCAGGACGUCUAGCCAGGGAAAGGUAUAUGAUCUCUCUUAGUUACUGGUGGCUGUUGGUGUCUCUGCAUUGUAUAGACAUCUUUGUAUCACCAUUGUGCUGGUGUACAUUUUCACAGCAAUAAUUUUUCAGGAUUUGUGCCAUGUAUUUUUAAAUUGCAUGGAUUUUAAUCUAAAUUAAUUUAGACACUUAUUUGUUAUUCUCCUUUUAUCUUACCCUCUCUAUUUCUCUCUGUUGUUAUUUUUUUUUUAUUACUAGUUUCUGCUGCAAAAUAUACUUCACAUGCCCCCAAGUCCCAAGGAUCAUUUAGAACUUUUUGGCAGGCCUGUUGUUGCAUUUAUGUAAAUGUGCUCUCCCCUACCAUACCCGAUAAACACAGAUGGUUUGCCUCUGUGGGAUGUGUCUUGAUUUCUCAAAAGAAUGCAUGCAUGCAUGUAGUCAGUAUUUGCCAGAAGGCAUUGACAUGUUCUUUAUAAAUGGUCUGCUUUGUAUUUUGCAUGAGUUCACAGGCUUCAAACUAAUACAUGUAGGUGACACAAUGGGAGACUUAAGGAUAAGCUGCACAAGCAGUCCAUAUCACAGUAGAACACAUUGUUUUCUUCUGUGACAGUGCAUGUAUAUUUCAUACAUGUAUAUGCUUUAUGAGCACAUGUACGAGAGCUCAUAACUUUAAAUGAGAUGGAAAAUUUGUAUGUUAUUAAGUAAUGAAGUCCCAGUGUUUCUCUAGCUCCAGCUGUUAAUGUUUUUUACAGACUUGGUCAUAGGGAGUGAUUAAUUAAAAUGGAGAAAAUCACAAAUAUCCGGAAAAAAACCUGCUGAAAUAUUAAAAUACAUGGCGUGGUUGAAUUAUGUCAAAAAAACGGUUGAAAAUCUACUUUCAAAUUCUUGCAUAUCCAAUGUUUUGAAUUUGAAUUCUUUUAUUGCUUAAGGUAAAAAAUGUCCUCCUGUAACGUGUGAUGUGUCAAAAAUGUUAGGCAACUAUUUUUGAUCCCAUUUACUGUAACAUGGGCAUCGAAAAAAAAGUACUUUACAGCACAUGAAUGAGGAAAUUGAGGAACUGAACAUUUGUGAACUUGAGAAGUUCCUAAAGGAUAGAGUUGUCAUCAGAUGAUCUGUAAAUCAAUGUCAACAAACGUUGCCUAACGUUUUUCACAAGUCACAUUAUACAGCUGGACUGUUUUUACCUUUGACGACAAAAGAUUUUGAACUCGAAAUUCCCCUACUAUAUUCUCAAACUGAAUACCAUCAUAACUGUCCAGAGGGAAAAGAUAAAAUUAUAUGAAACACAAAGAACUUCUCAUUAAAGUACACACAUGAAAGAAACGUUUUUAGAGACAUGCAUGUUUGCAGCUUUGCAAGAACAAUGAAUAUUAAGAAUUCAUGGUUUUGAGCACCCGGAUUCCUCACAAUGAGCAGGAGGUAAUAAAUAAUAUGGAAAUAUCUGGGGAAAAUGCUGAUUUUUGUUGAUUUUAAAAAUACCACAGGACAUUGAAACCAUCCUAUCUGAAGGCUAGAUACAUUUUGCUUACUUUUCCGUAAAGAAUUUCUGACCUAGAAGCUAUAUUUCGCCUUCUUUAUGCUAAAAUCUUCUUCAAUGCCUAUCUCACCUGUGUUAAAUUUGCUUUGUUUACACCUCCAGUACUCUAGUCUGGUGACUAGGGUGUGCUGAUGAUUGGCUCAGAGCACUUGUGACAUCACUGCAAAACUAUGAAUACUUGUCAUUACUAUGAUGGAUUAAGGCUGUUCAGAUUUUGUUUGAUUCUGUUACACUUUGAUGGAAACAUGGGUAAUAUUUUCUUUCAACUGACUCUGUAGGCCACUUGAAUAAUGUCACCCCUCUCUGUUUUGUUGCAGUGUUAAUGUAUAUGGCAAAAACGAGGAGGAAAUGUUAUCUGAUAGUUUUUGGAAACUAACCAAAAAUGUAAGGGACACCAGUCAAAUAAAUGAGAAAGUGUAGCAAACUGCGGCAAAAAAUAAAGUUGAUGUGUCAUGUAUCAACUUAUUUGUGAAAAGUCUUUGAUGUGAUGUAGUUUGACAAAACUAAUUUCUAAACUGUGAUCUGCAUUCAUUUCAGAUGUUCUCAUUGAAACAAGAAGUGCAAAUUCACGACAUCUGUGACAUUUUGCUAAAAUUCUAUGUUAUCAUGUUAAGAGAUGGAGUGUCAAAAUUUUGAUGGACCGGCCCAUCAUAAGAGAUAAGAUGUCAUAAAAUUAACUAACUGAUCGAUCCACAGACCAGCAUACUUCUAGUGUUGCUUGUAAUGAUGUUUUUUUGUUAGCAGUUCUUCUGCCUUAUUUUUUAUUCCUUGUUUGAUUUGGUUUGUAGAUAUUUUUGGUUUAGAUGAUGAAGCUAACUAGCUUUUUGUCACUGCCACCUCACACUCACAUAUUGCUUAUUAUCACUAGCAUGAGGGAUGUAACAAACAAAUUUAGUCCCAGUUUUUGCAGUUUUCACGUCUUUCCUUUCUGAAAAGUCCUUACAUAUGUAGUGGUUUUAUUUACCUAUCACCCUCUGUCAAUCACAUCCUGUUUUUCCUAAAUUUAUAUAAAGGAAUAAUUUUGAGAGAAGCACUGAAUACAGCUCACAUAUGUUUAAACAGUGUACUGGUUACUUAGAUGCAUUUUAUUUUGUAGAGAAGUUUAUAAAUAAUGUAGAAAUGUUUCUAAAUAUACCAUCUUUGGAGUAAUUCAGGUUGAUCUGAUUAUAAAAAUGGUGUUGUAUAAUCUUAAAUAACUUUUGGCUGUGUGUUUAACAAGUGCUAAACUUGCUUUUAUGCUUGUCUGACAUGGUUAGAUAUUAAAAAUCUUAACUUAAAUAUUGAAAUAUGCUGUAGAUUUGUUUACACAUGCAUACAUGAAGAUGGAGAAAUGCUACUACCCUAUUUCAUCUGGUCUGCUCAAUUUAGCGAAUUUAUAUGUAAUUGUAGCAGGAAUAUAGAGUUUCUUUUUCCUCACAUGGUUAGGCCAUCUAAUGAACAACAUACUACUGUCUUUACUUUUCCAAAAGGCUGGUAAAGAAAUGUAAUAUUGUCUUACUAUCCAUAGGCCAGGUGCAACAGGGAGACAAGACAGAAUCAAACAGUGCUGUGAAGAUCUGAAACAAAAGUUGAUUGAACUGAACAAUGCCAAGAAACAAGAAAUGGAUGGGCAUGUAAGAAGAGCGGUGGAAAAUUUUGUUGCAAAUGCUCGAUACAGGUUCCUUGCAAAUGAUGGCCCACGUAUCAAAGAGGUUACAAGGGAGACACCCCUUAUGUACUACUACUUUGUCCAGCCAGCUAGUCAUAUUGGAUCAGUGGAUAAAGAGGAGAUGAUGAUGAACAAAGAGGGACAAUUCAUCAUGGCCACCAAUGGAUGGGUUAUGGGGGAUGACCCACUAAGGAACUUUGCCGAAGCAGACUCUAAUAUAUACCUCAGACGAGAACUAGUAAAUUGGGGUGACAGUGUAAAGUUGCGUUAUGGAAAAUCUCCUGAAGAUUGUCCUUAUCUGUGGAAUCACAUGACAAAGUACACCCAAACAACUGCAAGGAUAUUCCAUGGGGUUCGCCUUGACAACUGUCACAGUACGCCACUUCAUGUGGCAGAGUAUAUGAUGGAUGUAGCUCGUCAAGUGCGUCCUGACCUCUAUGUUAUUGGUGAGCUCUUCACGGGAAGUGAACACUUGGACAACAUGUUCAUCAACAGACUGGGAAUUAAUUCACUUAUUAGAGAGGCUAUGAGUGCCUGGGACGCUCAUGAAGAGGGACGUCUGGUGUACCGUUAUGGCGGCAGUCCAGUGGGAGCUUUCAUACAGCCUCAGGUGCAGCCUCUCAACCCUGCUGUGGCACAUGCCAUGUUCUUUGAUCAGACUCAUGACAACAAGUGCCCCAUAGAGGUGAGAUCAGUAUAUGAUAUCUUUCCAACAGCAGCUCUAGUCUCCAUGGCAUUCUGUGCUUCAGGCAGUAACCGUGGAUAUGAUGAGUUAGUCCCUCAUCAUAUACAUGUCGUUUCUGAGAAGAGAGUGUAUUCCUCCUGGUCUGACAAUGAGAGUGACGAGGGUCAUGUCACAUUGACCUCUGGAAUUAUUGCUGGCAAGAAAGUUCUCAACAAAUUGCAUUACAGGCUAGGAAUAGAAGGUUUCAAUCAGGUGUUUGUUGAUCAGGUAGACAGUAAUAUAGUGUCCGUUACGAGACAUAAGCCCAGCACUCACGAGUCUGUCGUUUUGGUGUGUCAUACUUCCUUCCAGUUUCCUGUGAAUCCACGUGAUACAGGGCAUAUUCGCCCACUGUCAUUGUCAGGAAAAGUCGAAGAAAUUCUACUGGAAGGGAACCUUGUGUCCAAAGGGCCUGAUGAGUACAAGAGAAGCAGGUCAUUUAUCAAUGGUCUGCCAGAACACACACUGCACAUUCGAGAAAAUGUAGCCGUUGAUUCCAGUGAGAUGGUGAAUGUUUCAACAAAUGAAGACCCAAACAACUCUCACGUUCACCUGAAACACUUUCCCCCAGGCAGUGUGGUUGCCUUAAGAGUUUCACUGGCCAGCCCAGCAAAGGAAGCGAUUUUGGAAUAUCGAAAGUGCUUGAAGCAGUUUGGCUUCGUUGUUAGGACAUAUAGUGGAAGAACCUUGGCAGAAAACAAGUCUUCUGAUUUUAGGGGUAUAGUUUCCCGACUUAAUCUCUCUGAUGUCAACAGAGCCCUUUACAGGUGUGAUGCAGAAGAAAGGGACGAUGGGAAGGGAUUUGGGGCCUAUGAUGUACCUGGCUGUGGUUCAAUGGUAUUUUGUGGACUUCAAGGUGUUAUCUCCUUGCUUUCACACAUUCGACCACACAAUGAUCUGGGUCACCCACUUUGUAACAAUCUAAGAGAAGGAGACUGGUUACCUAGUUACAUAGCAGCCAGGCUAAAAAUUCACCCAGGAACAACUGAGUUAGGGAAUUGGUUUGAACAUAUCUUUGACAACUUGAAGAAGAUACCUCGUUACCUGAUUCCGUGCUACUUUGAUGCUGCUGUGACUGGAGCGUAUAUGAUACUUAGAGACCAGGCAUUGUCUCUUAUGUCUGAUUUUGUUAACGAUGGCUCCACUUUCCUUCAUGCUCUAGCAAUGGGCUCAGUUCAGUUUUGUGGCGUUGUUAAGUCAUCGGUGUUGCCAGAGUUAUCAGCAUCCUUGACAAAUCCACCACCUGGGGAAGUUGAUGAGGAUGCCAACAUCAAACGAAACCUAACACUAGCAGCAGGGUUCCCCCACUUUGCCUCUGGCUAUAUGCGAUGUUGGGGCAGAGAUACUUUCAUUGCCCUAAGAGGACUUCUGUUGCUCACUGGUCGUUUUCAAGAAGCCAGAGCCUUGAUACUGGGGUUUGCAGCCUGCUUGCGUCAUGGCCUGAUUCCAAACCUGCUAGGUGGAGGUUUUGGUGCGAGGUUUAACUGUCGGGAUGCGAUCUGGUGGUGGUUACAGUGUAUACAGGACUACACUAAGUUAGCCCCAGAAGGAAUUAGUAUACUGAAGGAUAAUGUUAAGCGAUUGUUCCCAAGAGACGAUUUUGUACCUAAAUCGGCAGAAUUUCAACAAGCACAGUCACAGCUUCAGUCCACAGAAGAGGAACUUGUUGAACAGCCACUCCAGGAUGUGAUGCAAGAGGCUCUUCAGAAACAUGCCAGUGGUGUGAAGUUCAGGGAGAGAAAUGCUGGAAUAGGGAUAGAUUGCCAUAUGAAAGAUGAAGGUUUCAAUAAUGAAAUAGGCGUGCGCUGGGAUUGUGGGUUUGUGUAUGGGGGCAAUGAGUUCAACUGUGGCACAUGGAUGGACAAGAUGGGAGGGUCUGAAAAGGCAGGAAACAAAGGAAAGCCUGCAACCCCUAGAGAUGGGUCUGCUGUGGAGUUAAUUGGGCUUUGCAAGUCAAGUCUUCGCUGGUUAGUUCAGAUGAACAAGAAUGGACACUAUCCCUACAGUGGAGUAGAUUAUGUGUCUGAUGGGACAAUGGUGAAGGUCACCUUUAGUGAGUGGUCUCAGCUGAUCUUGGAUAACUUUGAGAAGCGGUUCUGGAUAAGUGACACCCCAGAUGUUGAAAGAGAGGAAGCCCCAGAGUUGAUAAACAGACGAGCCAUUUACAAGGAUGUCUACAAAGGCUCACAGUUCUGGGCAGAUACCCAACUGCGACCAAAUUUCUGUGUCACAAUGGCAGUUGAUUUUUCUUUUUUGAAGGCUCCAGAAUUGUUCACCCCUGAAUAUGCUUGGAAGGCACUAACUACUGCCCAAGAGGUUUUACUGGGUCCGUUGGGAAUGAAGACUCUAGACCCAAAAGAUUGGGCCUAUGCUGGAGACUACGUAAACAGUGAUGAUUCUGGUGAUCCUAAAGUUGCUAAUGGGUUUAAUUACCAUCAGGGUCCAGAAUGGAUAUGGCCAGUUGGAUACUUCCUCCGAGCUAAGCUACAUAUUGCAAAGAUCCUGGAGUCGAGUCAGCCGGGAUUAUUAGAGGAGACAAUCAUGUUUGUUAAGACAACCCUCACUAGGCAUUAUGAGGAGAUUAUGCGAUCCCCAUGGCAGUCACUUCCAGAACUCACCAACUCAGAUGGCAAGUUUUGUUAUGACAGUUGUCCAGCCCAGGCCUGGAGUGUGGCGACUAUUCUGGAAGUUCUGUAUGACCUGGAGCAAUUGGAAGCAGACCCCUCACCUUAAAUCAUAAGAAAUUGAACGUGGUAGCAGUUAGGACAAAAGUUAAAGGAAAUGGAAGGGGUUGCUAUUUAGACCUUAUUGUGAAGCUUCUAGUAGACACAAAAUGUCGCACUAUGCAAGAUUAACAUUUUUUGUUUUUAGUGGUGUUUUAUAACAAAAUUAGUGUCUUUUUUAGAUAGAACCCUGUGCUGCAGUGGGAAGAGUGCUAAUGACUUUAUCAAGAUGUUGUCUUUGAAUUCAGUGUCUGUAACUUUUCAGUUUUAGUACUGGCACCACUGGUUUUAAAUAUUAUUAAGAAAUAUUUUGUACUGUGAAUGUUUGUUAUAAAUUUUCCAUGGUUUGAAAUUUGAAGGAAAUAAUGGAAACUUGAACACACCUCUUUCAAGGUAGUGAAAUAAGAAAAUCUUUCCUUAAGAAAGAAAUAUUAACAUUGCUCUGAAAAUGCAUUAUUUUAUUACCUUGAUUUAGGUUUACCUGGCUCAUAAAAUCUUCAUUAAAGAUCUGAAUUUCUUUCUUGAGGCCAUAUGGGUACGUCAAUGUAUCUUUAAUAGUGCUGAAAACACUUCUUCAUAGUAACCAUAUCUUUGUAGUGCUUCUCUCUUUGUCAUCAAAUCAUAUUGGUUUUUGACUGGCUUUAUGGUUUAAGUCCAGUUGUUGUUGGUUGCACUGCAGCUAUAUGUCAGAAAGUUUCCCUGCCACCUGAUGCGGUGUACUGGUUGUUGUUUUUCAGAAAACUUACCACCUUCACAUAUAUACCAUACAUAAAUGCAUAAAUCAUCAUUAUAUUUUAUCACAAUUUGAAUAUGUAGAAUUUGCAUUGUGUUGAAUUCAGGACAAAACUUUGAUUUUACAAUUGUAUAGUCAGCAUUCUAACACAUUCAUUUAUUAUAAGUGAUAAAGUCUUAGCCAUAUUAUUUGCCGGCUUGGAACUCAAAGACAUAUGAAUUGAUGAUAAAAAAAAAUUAUUUUAUUUUGGAUUACUGUUAUAAUGAAGUAGAAUCCCCUGCUUAUCAUAAUUUUAAACAAAAUUAACGUACAAAUUUGAGACAAUAAAUCUGUAAAUUUGUGUAGUAAAGAUAUA